CCUGUUCCUGCAAGGAAUGAGUCCCACAAUUUAAUGGUGUUCAUCCUCUGCUUGUCCGCUGCACUGGAACCUAUGAGCUCUCAGCAAAUUCAAAGGAUCCCGACCGUCUGAUCUUGACAAUGGGGGUUCAAUCUACCCAGCAGUCCUCAAACAUAUCAGGAUCUGAACUAUCUGAGGUUGCAGUCAAGGAGGAGCUGAGAUCCUCCCGUGGGCCUGUGCUGGAAGCUGCUCCUCACAUAUAAAGCGCUUCCCAAUGCCGGAGGAAACAGUGAAUCACAGCUUCAGAAGAGGGAGUCGAUCUCUCUCACACAGUGCUCUUCAACCACCAGCUGCUCAGUCAAAGUCAUUUCUCACUGCGCCUUUACUUUGAUUUAGAUUCAAUACGGAAAGAAAAUCUCCAGGUCACAUUCGCGCCAGAGAAACAAAGUUUCAAUAAAAGGGGAAGGUGAAGUUUUGAGAGCGCACAUGGCUGCUUUGAUAAGCGCGUAUUCGUCCUGGCCGGAGAGCUUUGAGUGCUCUGCGGGAAACGCGGACGUACCUGACGGACACACCUCUCACAGAGCUCCCGCGGACAAGGUGUCGGAGCCGCGCAUCAGGAGACCCAUGAACGCCUUCAUGGUGUGGGCCAAAGACGAGCGCAAGAGACUCGCAGUGCAGAACCCAGAUCUCCACAACGCCGAGCUCAGCAAGAUGCUGGGAAAGUCAUGGAAAGCUUUAACUCCUCCGCAGAAGAGACCGUACGUGGAGGAAGCGGAGCGUCUGAGGGUUCAGCACAUGCAGGACUACCCCAAUUAUAAGUACCGUCCCCGUAGGAAGAAGCAGCUGAAGCGCAUUUGUAAACGCGUGGACCCCGGCUUCCUCCUGACCACCCUCGGUCCGGAAAACUCCCUCCCGGAUCCUCGCUGCUGUCACCCCCUGGAUAAAGACGACGAGAGCGGCGUGAGUGGCGGCUUCGGUUCUCCAAGCGCAGCUCUACCCGGCGUCAGGGUCUUCAGAGAUCCCGCCAGUUCCAACAGCAGCUUCGACACGUACCCGUACGGCUUGCCCACGCCACCUGAGAUGUCACCUCUGGACGCCGUGGAUCACGAACACCAGUCCUACUACUCGUCCUCCAGCUCAGUCUCCACCAGCUCCUGCUCGUCUUCCACCUCUUGCCCAGACGACAGGCGUCCCACGCCGGCGCACAUGAGCAGUCCACCCCCUUACCAUCCCGAUUACUCCCAGCAGGCACCUCUGCACUGUGGUCACAUCCAGAUGUCCCACCAGGGAAGUGGAGCGACCUUUAUCCCAGCACAUCCACUGUCCUAUUACAGCCCUUCGUUCCCACAGGUUCAGAUCCAUCAUGGGCACCAGGGGCAUCUCGGCCAGCUUUCACCCCCUCCAGAACAGGGGCACCUAGAGGGUCUGGACCAGCUGAGCCAGGCUGAAUUGCUAGGUGAGGUCGACCGAGAUGAGUUCGACCAGUACCUAAAUUCCACCAGUUAUCACCCCGAGCAGGGUGGGAUGACAGUCACGGGACACAUCCAGGUAACGCCGGCUUCCGUUUGCUCAAGCAGCGCAACGGAAACCAGUCUCAUCUCUGUACUGGCCGAUGCCACGGCAGCCUACUAUAACAACUACAGCAUUUCAUAAACGCCAAAACAGGGACAGUUGACACAGACAGAGACUGUGGGCUCGACGUGGGUCAGCAAUAUGACUGGCAGGUGAAGGGAGGGGGGGAGCGGAAAGAGAAGCUACAGGAAGUCAAAGGACACCUCAGGGAUGCAUAGAUAAAAAACAAAACUGAAGUUCAUUCCCAUCUUUGUUUCCAAAAGGAGAACGGAAGUAAAAAAAAAUUGGACAAACAUAGAAAUGCUCUCAUAUCUUGCCACAAAAGCAUGUACAUAUGCGAUGAAGCUUAUUUAUAUAUCGAAUUGCUUUGCAUUAAAGCUUAUUGUAUUGUUUUUUUUUUCAGUCCAGAUAUAUUCAGUUGUUUUGUUUUUUUAAACCUCAAAUGUUUUACCUCAAGAAUUAUUUAAGUGAGGCUGUUCUCUUCCUUCAUAAGACAUUAUUUUGAAGGAAUUUUUGCCUUUUUUCUCCCUUUACAUUCAUUUAAAAAAAAUAUAUGUAUACUCAUAAACAGUUCAAAGAAUAAUAAUAAUAAUAAUAAUGAAUACUUGUAUGCCGAUUUAGGUUUGCCCUAUUAAUUUAAUUCAAAUAAAAUUUUGAGUUUAUACAUUUAGCAUUCUCAUUUGAUGUCCACACAGAUGCCAAUACCGUAGGUCAUUAUUGAUGUUUGUUGAACACCAUUCUUGAUGAUGAGGUCUUUUGAUCAAUUGCAUUGUGUUUGCCCAUAUAAGUACAACACAGUGAUUCCGUCUGUAGGUCUGCUGGACUUGAGAAAAAAUGUUGCAGAUGCUCAUCAUUUUGUGAUAUAUUAAGUGAAUGUUCUGACGUCCCAUCUGAAUUAGAUGUCGCUAAAUAAAAACACAAUAUAAAUACAGGA